GUUCAGAGUUUUCCAUUUCGAGCAAAAGCCCUAGAAACCCUCUUCUUUCUUUUAUUCUCUCUCUCUCUCUCUAGGGUUUUGCCUCUCGUUGUCUUAGCCUUUUGCAAAAUGGCCGUGAAACCCUCCCGUACCGAGAAAAAGAUCCAGUACGAUCAGAAGCUCUGCCGACUUCUCGGCGAGCACUCUCAGAUCCUGGUCGUCGGUGCCGAUAACGUUGGCUCCAACCAGCUCCAGAACAUUCGUACAGGUCUGCGGGGUCACUCGGUUGUGCUCAUGGGCAAGAACACCAUGAUGAAGCGCUCUGUUAGGAUUCAUGCUGAGACCACUGGCAACAAAGCCGUCCUAAAUCUCAUUCCUCUCCUUGUUGGCAACGUGGGAUUGAUCUUCACCAAGGGUGAUUUAAAGGAAGUGAGUGACGAAGUUGCCAAGUAUAAGGUUGGAGCUCCAGCUCGUGUUGGUCUUAUUGCCCCAACCGAUGUCGUGGUUCCCCCGGGAAACACUGGACUUGAUCCAUCUCAGACUUCCUUUUUCCAGGCGCUCAACAUCCCAACCAAGAUCAACAAAGGCACUGUCGAAAUCAUCACCCCUGUAGAGCUCAUUAAGAAGGGUGACAAAGUGGAAUCCUCUGCGGCUGCCCUUCUUUCGAAGCUCUUGAUAAGACCAUUCUCUUACGGUCUGAUUGUCCAAUCUGUUUAUGACAAUGGGUCGGUCUUCAGCCCUCAGGUUCUUGAUCUUACAGAAGAUGACCUUGUUGGGAAAUUUGCUGCUGGAAUCUCCAUGGUUGCAGCAAUGUCCGCGGCCCUCUCAUACCCAACACUUGCUGCUGCACCCCACAUGUUCAUCAACGCAUAUAAGAAUGUUCUUGCUGUUGCAGUGACUACAGAAUACUCCUUCCCACAGGCGGAGGCAGUGAAGGAAUACUUAAAGGAUCCAAGCAAGUUUCAAGUUGCUGUUGCUCCUGUUGCUGCUGAGAGAAAAAACGAGAACGAAGAAACAAAUGGUGGAGGUGAAGAGCAGCGUGAAGAUGGCGAAGAUGAGGAGGAUGAUAUGAUUUUUGGUUUGUUUGAUUGAGUUGUCUGCUAUCACUAGCAUUGAGGUUAUAACCUACAAAUGAAAAGGGUUUAUUAUGUUAAAUUUAGGAUUAUUUUCCUCGGAUAUAAGUCAUUUCAACUUUUUUACGGGAAGAACCCAGUAAAAUACUCUACUAGUAUGGUUAUCUGGUUGCUAUACUUUUGCAUUCUUAAUUUUGCGUUUAUAAACUUUAAUGCUAGUUGUUUAAUAGUAUUAGAAGAAUAUAUAUGGCUGCAUAUAUUUAGUCUUA